CCCUGCGUAGAUAGCGCUAGGUCAAUGGAAGAAUUCUUCCCUCGACUUAGCUACUGCUUCUCAAGGACAUGGAGAGAUUCUCCUAUUAGGGUGGUGGCUUCCAUAUAGGGUCACACUUGGGGUCUCUUCUGCACACCCUGAAGCCUUUUGCUGUAAGCCUCAGGUGUCGAUUCAAACGUAAGCAGUAGAGCUUUUGUGAACUGUUCGUAGUCCCCAGUAUCAACUCUGUCCAUCAGGCUGCAUGCCUCUCUGGCUUUGGGACGAGUACCAGGUGAAACAGUGGGGCCGAUCUGCAGCAUCAGCCAGGUUCAAAGGGCAAGAAUGCUCAAAGGCAGUGAAGUACGCAUCUAUAUCUCCCCUCCCUUCUUAAACUGAGGCAACAACUUGGUAUCGAGGUACCCUAGAGCAGAAUCCUGCAUUUCCUCCAGCUGGAAGGGCAGUCUCCAAGCUGCUCUGCAGAUCAAGGGUAGAAGGAGCCCUGGGAGCUCAAGCAGGUAACCUGCUUGGCUAUCACAGCUGGAGCGGAGGCAAAUCAAACAUGCCUACAGAUGCCCUGACUGCUGGUCAGUUACAUGCUGGAAGGCAUUCAGGCAGGCUGUCAUGCCCUUUAUGUGCUGCUGGCCGCCUGCCUGUGCCUAAGGUGAAGCAGUCCGUGUAGCUUAUGGUAAUGGCUCAUCUAACAUAUUGCAAAGGGAACUGAUGCAGUGAGGCUCACUGCAUCCAACGGGGAGCAAAAGACUCUCUUCAGGCAGGCUGCCUCUGGGACUGAUGAGUGUUACAUCACUUUUGUGCUCAAUAUGUCACUGCUAAUAUCUGUUCCCACCAAAUGGGAGUCUUAUGGCUACUGAAGUGCCGGGGACACUAGCCUAGAUCGGAUGCCGGUGACUGGGUGCUGUGGCAUUCUUAUUCAGGUUGCUUCUGCUUUCAUACCCAACAGAGGUGCUAACCUUCAGUUGCAGUGAGUAUGCAGCACUCCACUUGUGUUUCUUAGGCAAGCAAGUCAGAAGAGGAGCCUAAGACUGUAGGCAUUGGAGCUGUGCGGCUGAUCAGGAUUUUGAUGGGAGAAGGAGAAUAGGAUGGGUUGCAUCUGGAAUGCUGGUGACUCGAAGGAUGGCAUGUACUCUGGGAGCCUGGAGUGCUUUUAACCCUCAGGGAUGGAGCGGCACGUGAAUGGAGCUAUGGCCGAGAAGCCAAACCCCGUGGACUACGGGGUUCAGAUCAGAUUCAUAGAUGACCUGAAGGAAAUGAAGAAGCCGCAAAAGAUCAGGCCCAAGCAUUCCAAGCCAGGCUCCUAUGGGGUCGCGGUGAGGGUCCAGGGCAUCGACGGGCAGCCCUUUGUAGUCCUGAACAGCGGGGCGAAAGGAGAGGACUCCUUCGGGGUGCAGAUCAAAAGCGAGAGUAAAUACGGGAACCCUGCUCACAGCCAGUGGCCUGAGCAGCUGCCCCCUAACUCCCUCAGGGAAGGCCCGGGCUCCAUCAGCUCUGAUUCUGACCUGCCGGAAAGCCGGUAUAUAGCCAGACAUUCCCAGUAUAACUCCCAGUACAGCACCUCUGAUGAGGAGCUGAGCUCCCAGGGCUACCCAAGGGAGACCAGGCCUGUCAGGAAUGAGCUGCCUCAGCGCUACCGCAGGGAUGGCUCCUCGUCCCCUCAGGGCAGCUCCAGACAGCUGCUACCCCAGAGGCCUUUUGGGGAGGAGCUGAGGAGGACUCAAUCUCACAGCUCUCUGUUAAGCCCCAAUUCAGAGGAGGCCUAUGGCCCAAGCCCUCUCAGCAUUCAGACCAGGGGCAUGUACCAAUCCCAGUCUCCAGCCAGUGCCAAGAGCAGCAGCACGCUGGACAUUGCAGGCAGGAAAAGGACUGACCCCCGCCAGGAAUCCCAUGCAGCUUCUGGACGAAGGUUUGUAGGCAGGCAGCCAUCACCAGACCCAGAGUUCUCCAGGCCUUGGCAGCCAGCUGACCAAAGUGACAUCGACACAAAGCCCCUGUCCUCGGUGGAUUCCCUGAUCACAAAGUUCGAUGGGAAGGUUCAGCAGAGGGGCCGAGCUGCCAGGAGAAGCCGGAUCUCCCUGGAGGAGAGGAAGCGGUCGCAGAGUCUCGAUGGGAGGGUUUCCUGCCACGACACGGCCGAUUCCAGAGAGCUGAGCGCCGCCCAGCUCCAGGAUCGCCUCAGGGAAGGGCCGAAGGGCCUGGCCACCAAACAGCCUGGUACGGCCAAUGCGCCUCACACCGGCAGCCUGAACCGAGCGAUCCGGGAAGAUCUGAAGGAAAACUCAGUCAAGGCCCAGGUGCCACGAGACUGGAUCCAUAAAAGCUUGGAGGAGCCUGUCGUUGAGCAGCAGCAAAGUCAAGUGCAAUCAGAACUGCAGCAGCUUAAGUCCACUCCAGACCUUCUGAAAGACCAGCAGGAAGUCUCUCCUCCUGGGAGCAGCGAGUCCACCAAGGCGUUGAUUUACAGUAUCCUGAAGGAUGGGAGCAAAGAAAGCGAAAGCUCGCUGAAGAGAAAAACCAACCUGAUGUUUGAGAAGAUCCAAGCGCUCGCUGUGGUGCCUCCUGAGGACACAAGAGGAUCUGUUUCCCAGAACAGUGAGCUGAAAAGGAAGAUGGAGGAGCUGCAGCAGAAACUAGAUGAAGAGACCAAGCUCCGCCAGAAAGCAGAGCAGGCCAGGAGCAGUGCUGCUCGGAGCCUGGAGAGCCGGCUGGAGGAGGCGCAAGACGAGUGCAGGCGCCUCAAAGGGGCCUUGGAGACGACGACCCAGGAGCUGAAAAGUCGCUUGCAAGAGCUGAAGGAAGUGAAGGUUGCCAGAGAGCAGGCAGAGGACAAACUGGGAGACGUGGAAGAGCAGCUAAUGGGGAUGCACGAGGAGCUGGACAGGCUGCGGAAAACCUCGGUGGACUCUGCAAACAGAGACGAGCUCAUGAAGGAGCUGCUGGAAACCAGAGAGGAGCUGGAGGAGGUCCUCAAUGCCAAACAGAAGCAAGAAGAACAUCUGCGGCUGCGGGAGCGGGAGCUGACAGCACUGAAAGGAGCCCUGAAGGAGGAGGUGGCGAAUCACGACAAGGAGCUGGACCAGGUGACGCAGCAGUACCAGCGCGACAUGGACCAGCUGAGGCAAAACAUGGAGGACGUGUCUCAGAACCAAGCCAGUUUAGAGAUCGAGAGGCAGAAAAUCAACUCGAUAGUGAGGAACCUCCAGAAGGAGCUGGAGGAGAGCAACGAGGAGACCAGCCACUGGAGGGAGAUGUUCCAGAAGAACAAGGAGGAGCUGCGCAGCAACAAGCAGGAGCUCAUGCAGGUGAAACAAGAGCGGGAGGAGUAUGAGGAGGAGCUGCGGGAGCUGCGAGAGCGGUUCUCGGCCAUGCGAGUGGAAGUGGACCAGGUCAGGAACAGCACCGUGGAUGCUGGCCAAGCAGAAGCCCUGAAGAAGGAGCUGCGUCAAGCCCAAGAGGAGCUGAGGGAGCUGGCUUCAGAGAAGCAGGCCCAGGAUGAGCUGGUCCACCAGAGGGAGCGGGAGCUGGCCGCCCUGAAAGGGGCGCUCCAGGAGGAGGUGGCCAGCCGUGACACGGAGGUAGAACAGCUGAAGCAGCAGUUCCAGAAGAACUUGCAGCAGCUCAGGAAGGACUAUGACGAAGCUGCCAAGGUGAAGGUGGCCGUGGAGAGCGAGAAGGAGGCCACGGAGCAGAUGAGGAAGGCAGUGGAGUCCGCUCUGCGGGAGACGCAGGAGGAGAAUGAUGACUUGAGGAGGAAGAUCCUGGGCUUGGAGAUGCAGGUCAAGGAGUACAGGCACUUCUCUGAGAACUGGGAGGGCUCGGAGGCCAGACUCAGGGAGAAGAUCGCCAAGCUGGAGGCUGAUCGCAGACAGAUGGAGCAAUCCUUGGAGGAGGCUGUGGAGCAGGAGCAGGAGCUGCUGAUGGCCAAGAAGUCUCUGGAGAGCCGCCUGGAAGAAGCCCAGAGGAGUCUCAGCCGGCUGUCUCAGGAGCACCAGGUGCUGAACACCUCGCACCAGGAGGAGAUGAAGCAGAAGGAGCAGCUGAGGAGAACCAAGAAUGAGCUGGAGGAGCAGAAGAGGCUGCUGGAUAAAACCACAGAGAAGCUGAGCAGAGAGCUGGACCAGAUGGCCCAGGAGUCCCACAGCUCACUGGCCAUGCUGCAGUCGCAGCUGGAGGAGUACAAGGAGAAGUCACGGAAGGAGAUUGCAGAUUCCCAGAAGCAGGCCAAGGACCGCAGUGCAGAGGUGGAGAAGAUGCAGUUCACCAUGGGUCGGCUGCAGGACGAGAUCACACGGCUGAAGCAAGCACUGCAGGACAGCCAGGCCGAGCGGGAAAGCGCCGUGCUGGAUAAGGAGGUGCUGGCCCAGCGCCUGCAGAGCCUGGAGCAGGAGGUGGAGUCCAAGAAACGCUCCCAGGACGAUCGCUCUCGGCAGGUCAAAGUGCUGGAGGAGAAAUCCAAGCGCCUCGAGGUGGAACUGGACGAGGAGAGGAACACGGUGGAACUGUUGACUGACCGGAUUAACCGCAGCAGAGACCAGAUUGACCAGCUGCGUGCGGAGCUGCUGCAGGAGCGCUCCAGCCGGCAGGACCUGGAGUGUGACAAGAUCUCCCUGGAGAGGCAGAACAAAGACUUGAAAAGCCGACUGGCUAGCUCGGAAGGCUUGCAAAAACCAAGCGCCAGUUUGACUCAGCUGGAGUCAAGGAUCCAGGAACUGCAAGAUAAGCUGCAGGCAGAAGAGAGAGAGAAGAACAUCCUGGUGUCCUCAAACCGCAAACUGGAAAGGAAAGUGAAGGAGCUGACGAUCCAGAUCGAUGAUGAAAGACAGCAUGUGAAUGACCAGAAGGACCAGCUGAGCCUACGCGUCAAGGCGCUUAAGCGCCAGAUGGACGAGGCCGAGGAGGAGAUCGAGCGCCUGGAAAGCGCCAGGAAGAAAGCGCAGCGGGAGCUGGAGGAGCAGCACGAACUCAACGAGCAGCUGCAGAAUCGCGUUAAGGCCCUGGAGAAGGAGGCCUGGCGCAAGGCCACCCGCUUGGCCGCAGAGGCCUCCUUGGAAGAUGACCGCUUGAGCUCGGAUGAGGAGUUUGACAGCGCUUAUGGCCCGUCCUCCAUCGCCUCACUGCUGACGGAGGGGAACCUGCAGACCAGCUCGUGCUAG